UGUAUCAAACACUCAUCCAAGUCAUUCUUGUUUAUAGAGAAAAGAUGUCUUCAUCUUCUUACUGCAGCACUGUGAUAGGUCUGUUGUUGGCAUUUUUGCUUGGAGGAUCAUUAUGCAAUGCCCAGCUGAGUCCAACAUUUUACAACGAAACAUGUUCAAACGUGUCGAGCAUCGUACGUGGAGUCAUUGAGACGGCGUUGCUCACCGAUUCACGGAUUGGCGCCAGCCUUAUCAGGCUUCAUUUCCAUGACUGCUUUGUCGAUGGUUGUGAUGGAUCGGUUUUGUUGAACAACAGCGACACCAUAGAAAGCGAGAAAGAGGCUGCCCCAAACAAUAACUCACUGAGGGGUUUCGGUGUUGUCGAUGACAUAAAAACUGCGUUGGAAAGCGCUUGUCCCGGCAUUGUUUCCUGCGCCGACAUCCUCGCCAUUGCAGCUGAAGAAUCAGUUUCACUGGCAGGAGGUCCGUCGUGGGAUGUUUUACUUGGAAGAAGGGAUGGCACAACAGCAAACCGAACUGGUGCUAAUGUUUCCCUUCCAGCACCCUUCGAGGCCGUAGAUAUUCUAAAACAAAAGUUCUCCGACGUUGGCUUGAACACCACCGAUCUGGUUGCUCUUUCCGGUGCUCACACAUUUGGACGUGCUCAGUGUCUGACUUUUAGUGCUCGACUAUACAAUUUUACUGGCGUUGGUGAUUCCGAUCCAACCUUGAACUCGACCUACUUAGCAACUCUCCAAGGGAUAUGCCCGCAAAACGGAACUGGGAUUGAGCUGACCAAUCUCGACCUGAACACGCCGGAUACUUUUGACAAUAUCUACUUCUCUAAUCUUCAAACCAACGAGGGUCUUUUGCAGAGUGAUCAGGAGUUGUUCUCAACCAACGGGUCGGAUACUAUUGACAUUGUCAACAACUUUAGUGCUAACCAGACUACCUUCUUUGCCAACUUUGUGGUCUCAAUGAUCAAAAUGGGAAAUAUCAGCGUGUUAACGGGAACAGAAGGAGAAAUUAGACAGAACUGUGCCUUAGUUAAUGCAGCCACUUAUGGAUCAGAUGGUCUUUUGCAUAGCUCAAUUUAAAUAUUGAGAGAUAUAUAAGGCUGAGUACAAAUAAGCUAAAUGCAAGUUAAUCUAUGGUAAUUGGUAAUGAUAUUCAUAUAUGUAUAAGUGUCAGCAUUUAUAUAUACUAAUAUACACCUUUUGCUGCACAUUUGGUACUUUU